AUGCGGGAAAAUAGAAACACAAUGGUGGGUGUUACUGAACACGAAAUAAAUAUAUACGACGAGAGGAAGGUGCAUUUUGAAGCGCUGAGCGCCUUCUCCAAAUCACUGAAACAUGAUUUUAAAGAUUUUGUUCACCUAAUUUGUAAGGUGAAAAAUGUGAGGAGGCAUGGAAAGUUGUUACUCUUCUGUGACACAAUUUCGAAUGGGAAAAUAAAUACAAAGGAAAAUGUUUUAUUUUAUAGAUAUCACGUUUUGAAGUAUGAUGAUGUGCAGGGGAAUCCUCCUAAAGGGGAAGUAAAUUCCCCCUGUACGGGUGAUAAUAAUGAGGGUGCUCACUUUUGCGUGGUGGAAAAUAAAUUUAAUGAAGAAUCCUUAUCAGAAGAUAAGAACAUCCAAUUGGUAAUCAGCAAGGACUUUUACGUGGACGAAGACAAAUUUGAUUUAUUCCGAAAAUCUUUAUUGGAGGACAUUCACACAGGACAGAUGGACAAUAAGGACGUCAGCUUCAGUAGCGAUUUGUUCGAACAUUCCGUUCGACUGUCCAAGGAGUUUUAUGCGGAUGUGAAAAGGAAUGAAAAUGUGCAGACAUCUACCGAGGAAGGGAGCCCCAUAAAGGAUAACUCAACAGAUAACAUGGAAAAUGACCCUGUACUCUUAGUGAACGAAUAUAUAAAGUAUGAAAUUUUAAGGAAGGUCAUAAAGACGGAUACGCUGUUGUACAUUAUAGGAUUGCCUGCCUUGACGAACACGAAUGAGAAAUCCCUAUUGGUUUUUUCGGCCUACCUGCUGAAGGUUAACUACGAAUUCUUCAACAUCAACGAACUGUUAAAAUUAUUCGAAGGAGGUUUUUUUUCCAUGCUAACUGUGUGCAGAAGUUUGCAAAUGAAGGAAAUCUCCAUUCGGCAGAUUUAUAACAGUAAAGAGGACACGAAAAGAAGAUUCAUACGAAGCAUUAUCUACAAAAAUAAAAAUUAUGAAAGUAUAAGUAAUCAGAAAAUGAAUAAUUUUGAAAUUUUCAUUUUAAAAAUUAUUGACGUAAUUCCCAAACUGUUUGAAAUAGAGCCGAGCGAAUUUAACUACAAAAUGGAAAUGAAUGAUGACAAACGAUUGCACAGGAUUAUGCUCUGUGAUCUGAACCUAAAUCAGGUUAAUGACCAUGUAGUGGUGGAUACAAGAGCGAGUGGAGAUGCCACAGAACAAACGAAGAAGAAGAAAAAAAAGCCGAAAAAAAAGAAAAAAAAAGAUAUAACGUCCUAUAUGAACAAUAAGAAGAUGCCACAGGUACAGUGGAUGAUUAAUCACAUAAAAAUAUUACUCGAAGAAAUAGAAGAACGAAAUUCAAAAAUUAAGGUGUUUAGUGGGGGAGAUAUAUUUUUUCACAUGUCCACGUUGGUGAACAAGUAUAUAGAAAGCAACGACACGUUUUUCCAAAAUUAUUUAGAAUUCAUAGAGCUCUUUAUGGAGAAGAAUGAUCAACUCGUUAGUGAGGAAAACACAGAAAAGAUAAGAAGAAGUGUACAACUUUUGAGAGAAAAAAAUGUGAACUUGUUUGAAAAUUCGAAAUGGAGUGAUGUCCAGUUUUACGACAUUAGGAGGUUCUACGUGGAGGGAUGCACGAAGACGAGUGGGGACUUGAUCAUGAAUUGCAAAAGGUUGGAUGAGGAAAAUACACCUAUGAAUUAUGACCGCGCUGAUGGAGUAACCUUUGAAGAGGAACAAAAUGUAACGCCUAAAAUGGGGAAAAGCGCAAACAUUGAUUGUGACCCCAAUUUGACGUACGAUUAUUGCAUCCUGGACGUCGGGGGAGGGAAAGGAGAUUUGGGAAUUCACAUUUCGCUAGCCUUUAAAAACGUCCUCGUAAUUAUAUUAGACAUUAACGUAAAUUCACUCUUCAGUUGUUUCAUUAAAAUUUUUGCAAACAAAAUAAAGAACGUGUUAAUUAUGCACGAAUCGAUAUUAAAUUUUGACUUUAAAAAAUAUAAAAUAAAUUUAAUAGUUGGUUUACAUUCCUGUGGAGGGUUAACAGAUUAUAUUUUGAGGACCUGCGUCGAAGAAAGGAUCCCCUUUCUCACUUGCUCCUGUUGUUAUACGAAAUAUAGAGAAUUGAGAAAACACAUUUUCGAUUUUAACAAUGAUAUGAUAGUUAAUCAAAUUGAAAGUUAUAUUUACAAAGGGGAGUAUUACGCCCAGGUGGGCUACAGCAUUGGCCAGUGUGCAGAGGAUACGGGUGGGGCAUCAAAAGGGGAGCACACCGAUGUGAUGUAUGCUGCAGAGGGUUCGACUGAGGAGGUUUCUCAUCUGAAUAUGCAGGCUUCUUCCAGAGAUGGGAAAACACACAAGGAUGGCGAUGGAGGUGGAGACAUGGACGAUGUUGCCCAUUUGGGUGAUUUAGACGAUUUUUCCAUAUACAAGAAAAGGUACGACAAGUAUGGGAAAAAAAUCAUGAGGAGAACCAUCCCGAACAUAUAUUCGUUUGUUAAUUUGCUGUCCAAAUUGUGUGAAAGCGAAAACGCCGGAAUUUCAUUUAAGUGUAUGCACUUUUAUAAUAACCUGAGGUUUCAAAUUUUGCAAAAGUUGUUUAGUGCCACGGGAAGUGGGGCCGAGGGGGAGGAGUUAAAUCUGUCACUGCACUCAUUCCCCAUGUCCUUUUCGCCGAAAAAUAUAGUCCUCAAGGGCGUCUUUUCGAAGAAAGGGGUAGUAAAUCGGUAA